AUGCGGGGGUUCCCAGGGAUGAUUGGGAGUAUUGACUGCAUGCACUGGGAGUGGAAAAAUUGUCCUAAAGGAUGGGAAGGUCAAUUCACCAGGGGGGAUGAGGGAACCACCACAGUUAUUCUUGAAGCAGUUGCAUCUCAUGAUCUACGGAUCUGGCAUGCCUUUUUUGGAUGUCCGGGAACGUUGAACGAUAUAAACGUUCUAGACCGGUCACCAGUGUUUGAUGAUGUGGAACAGGGAAAGGCUCCAAGGGUGAAUUACUUUGUGAAUCAACGUCCCUAUAAUAUGACAUACUAUCUAGCUGAUGGUAUCUACCCUUCUUAUCCAACUUUCGUCAAAUCGAUUCAACUUCCUCAAAGUGAACCCGAUAAGUUAUUUGCAAAACAUCAGGAGGCAUGUCGGAAGGACAUUGAACGUGCUUUUGGAGUGUUUUAA